AUGUCCACUCGCGUUCUGGGUGUUGCGGCUCGUACCUCCUCAGCGCGUCAUGGCAUUGCUCGCCUGCAGACCACGCAGCUCCGCGGCGCGUCGCGGAGCUGCGCUGUCAACGGGCAACUCGAUGGGCACUUGGCCAUCGUGACUGGUGCCUCGCGUGGCGUCGGCGCCGAGCUUGCGCGCAUCUACGCCCGCGAGGGCGCCUCCGUCGUUAUCAACUACUUCCAAAGCAAAGAGAAGGCCGCCAAGGUGGCCGACGAGAUCAAUGCAAAGUAUGGCGCGCAGACGGCACUCGCGACCUACGGCGACGUGACAGUCAAGGACGACAUGGUAAAGCUCGUUGCCCAGGCAGAGGCUCACUUUGGGAAGCCCGUGAGCGUUGUUGUGAACAACGCACUUGCCAGCUACAAGUUCGACCCUGGCAGCACAUCGGCCAGCAUCAAGACGGUAACUUGGGAGGAUUUUGAUCAGCAGAUGAAAGGUGCUCUCGCGGGCUCUGUAAACACUGUGAAGGCUGCUCUGCCAUCGUUCGAGGCGGCGAAGUUUGGCAAAGUUGUGAACAUUGGCACCAACCUUGUGUACAAUCCUGUUGUGACCUACUACGACUACACCGCUUCAAAGGCUGCUCUCGUUGGCCUCACGCGAAACCUCGCCGCAGAGUUAGGGCCGCUUGGCGUGCGCGUGAAUUUGGUGGCCGGCGGCUUGCUGGAGACCACUGAUGCAUCAUCCUUGACCACCAGAGAGGUGUUUGAGUUCGUUGCAACGGGCACGCCUUUGCGCAAGACCACCACCGUCCAGGACUUCGCAGAGGCUUGCGUCUUCUUCGCCGCGGACGCGUCCAACGCGGUAACAGGCCAGUGCUUGUCUGUGGACGGUGGGCUCACGAUGCCCUGA